AUGAAGCCGCCAAAAAGAUCGCCUUUCCUCCACUCUCGCCAGCAAGACCUGCUCCAAGUCUACCGACAUCUCUAUCCCGACUCCCAAGGCAACAUCUCCGUCGAGGACCGUCAUGAUGCCCUCUCCAUCGUACAGCUAUGGAUCAACAGAUCGACAUGUCCAUACGCCGUAGAAACAACCGCGCUGCUUGUCCAGAGCGUUGUGCUGGAUGAGCACAUGCAGCAGAUCGCAGUAGCCACGUUGAAGCGCGACUAUGCUUCCUCCUCUGGCCCUCGAUACGCCUUGGAGCAGAUCGGUGGAGGAGCUGAAUUGGGCGUACGUCUCAACUACAGCUUGGCACUCACUCGCUUUGUCAAUAGCGUCGUUGAUUCGCAUCAGACGGGUGGGUUUGCACAGUCCAUCGCUGCGAUCGCUGCUCGCAUCGGCCUGCCGCUCUGGUUCGUCGAGGUCCGUCAUGCGGUGACGCACGAAGAGCUGCCCAGCAUCAGCGUCUGCCGAGAAGCCGCCGGAUCCGCACUUGCAUGGCUCCAUCGACAGUUUUGGAUCCCUCAGCUGUUCGAGGGUCCGAAUGCGCUUCCCAUAAGAUCUACCUCGGACGGCCAGGAUGCCAAUGCAAUGGAUCUCGAUGCUUCAUUCACCGCCGAGGCAUCCACAUCCGCGCUUGGGGAGGGUUCUCUAACACCAACAGCAAAUCAAGCAGAAAGCCAGGACGACCAUACGAGAAGAAAAGAGCGCAGCAAAGCGCUUCAAGAACUGCGUCGAACUCUCAAGGAUUACCGCGACCUCUCCAAGAAGGUCACGCGCGAUCGCAGUCUCGUCAAUGCAUCCAAGAACGACUUUCGAAGGCUCUACAAGCAGUUCUCCAUCUUUGUCUCGCGCAUCCGCACGCUCGAACCGGACUUUGGUGCGCAGCUGAUCGACAACGCAAAGAAGGACAAGGAUGAAGAGGUGGACGUACGCGGGGCAGCGGUGAUGGAUCCGGACGAUGUGGACGAAUGCACAAAGUCAGCGCUCUCGGACCUGGUCAACCAGCUCAUUCAGCCGGGAGGCAUGAUCCCGCUUGGCACGUCGAAACGCGUGCCAGCCACGGCGGUAGAGGACGACAUCGUUCUUCCGGCUGAAGUGGUCAGUGUUUGGAGUCCGCUGCUCGGUCACCUGAGGGAUACAUACGGACCGAUCUUUGGCCAGCUGCUAACGGAGGAGCUGGUGGAUGCUUUCAUUCGCGAGGUCGAUUCGGGUGCAGGUGCCGAGACACCACGGAUCCAAAUGAUCUCGACGGCUGUCGAAGACGCAGCCGAGGGAACAGAUCCCAGCAGCCAAUCGUGGAAGAGAUCAGCCUACGCCAGCCCGAGCUACCGCAAGACAGCCGACGCGUGGAUCCGAUACCUGGUCACGACGGUGCCUCCUUCCAGUCCCGUCUCCACUGCAGCCAGUUCAUCUACAAGCAGACCGCCGACGACGCUCAUCGCUGACACGGAAGUCGCACAGAUGUGUUUGGCAUUCCGUACCUCUAGCUCGGUAUCUAUUCUGGACUUUUUGUGCCAGAGGAACGACGAGCUCAAGGCAAAGUUCGAGCCGCUAGUGGCGGUGCUGAAGGUGGCAGACUUUGUGUCGGCGGCAGCGAUGGACGAAGAUUCGUCGGACGACGAUGUGGACAUGGUGAGGGAAAGGGAUGAGGACGUAUCAGGGUUCGAGAUGCAGCUGGAGGCUAUGCAGAAACGGUUGCGCGACAUGGAUGCGCUUCCGAGGUCGGAGGCUAGUAGGACAGAAGUCGUCGAAGAUGCGCAAACAGUCGAGCUGGCUCAGGCCGAGACAGCCGUGGAGGAAGAAGGGUCGGCAGCAGUGGUCGAGGUCGAUCAGGGACAGAUGCCGAUGGGCUGGAGCAUGGCAGGUGCUGAUUGGAGGCCUACGCCGUUCGGCUGUCUCGAUGGCAGGAUACCUAACCUUGUCGUCUAA